AUGUAUCAAUCACGUUCUUCAUUACCUUAUGACAUAUUACAUGGGAUCCAUAUGUCAGCUAAUCUGUCAGUUAUAAUUGCUUAUCUAAGUUAUUUUCCACCACCACCACCUGUUAUUCCUGGUCCACCAAGUCAUCGUUUUCGAACAUAUUCACCUCAUUAUGUUUCAUCAUUAUUAUGUUUUGUAUCUGAUGAUUGUAAUUCUCAAUCAUUAAAUGAAUAUAUGCCUCUGAUUGAUAAUAAUCAAUCAACAUCAUUAACAAAUAUUUCUCAUAUUGCAAAGAAUUCUUCUUAUCUAACAAAAUCUUCAUCUUUAUCUGCUAAUAUAAUUAAUUUAUUUCAACAUCAUUUUUUUUUAAUGUUCUUAUUAAUUCUUUUAUUAUCAAUAAUAUUAUUUCUAAUGUCUUUAUUAAUAUUAUUAAUUUAUUUUCAACGACAUAGACAAAAUCAAUUAAGAUCAAAGAAUAAAAAUAAAAAAUAUUAUAAUCGUUUAAUAGCAUAUCGUCGUCAACGUUCAAAAAUAAAAAAUCAUAAUGAACAUAAUUUAAUACAUUUAAGAAAAGAUUCUUUUACACCAAAUCUAACAAGAAUAUCAAUAUCAAGUGGAACACCUAUAAAUAAUAAUAAUAAUAAAACUGAAGAAGCUGUUUAA